UUUCAGCAGCAGCCAAUUGGACGUUUUAUUACAUAAAUUCGCGUUUUCCGGCUGGAAAAGUAAAGGUUUCUCUAUGUCAUUGCAGUUGUUGAAAGCGCUAACCCACCUGCGCAGCGCCACCUCAGCCGUGAGAAGUCAGAUAGCGAGAAAAACGUGGAGCGAGCACAUUGCCACGAAAGUCUUUUUUGGCACGAACACCACUCCCGCCUCCGCCGCCGCAUCACCACCCACUCAAACUUGGGGCGCCAAGAAGCAGAAUAGAAAGGUCAAGCUAAGAUCCGCAGCAGCUGCCGAGUUCAUCAUGUCGAAUCCGGAGAUCGAGGCCCAGUUGGCUCCUCUGCGGGAGCGGGUUCAGGAGCAGGGCAACCUGGUGAGGGAUCUCAAGGCCAAAGGAGCAGCCGAGCUGGACGUCAAGAAGGCGGUGGCCGAGCUGAAGGCACGCAAGAAGCUGCUGGAGGACAAGGAGCUCGCUUUGACCCCCAGCGUAGUUAGCUUCGAUCGCGCCAAGAUGGAGGAUCUCCUCAAGCGGCGCUUCUUCUACGACCAGAGUUUCGCUAUUUAUGGCGGCAUCACUGGGCAGUAUGACUUUGGUCCCAUGGGCUGUGCCCUCAAAUCCAACAUCCUGGCCCUGUGGCGUCAGUAUUUCGCGCUCGAGGAGCAAAUGCUGGAGGUGGACUGCUCUAUUUUGACCCCCGAACCCGUGCUGAAGGCCUCUGGUCACGUGGAGCGCUUCGCCGAUUUGAUGGUCAAGGACACGAAGACCGGCGAAUGCUUCCGCCUGGAUCAUCUCAUCAAGCAGGCUCUGGAGAAGCUUUCCAAGGCCAAGGAGGCCACCGCCCAACUGCAGGCCGAGUGCGAGGACAUCAUCAUCAAGCUGGAUGGCCUGAACAAGCAGGAAUUGGCCGAUGUGCUGGCCAAGUACAAUAUAAAAUCCCCCUUAACUGGCAACGAUUUGACCGAGCCCAUUGAGUUCAACCUAAUGUUCGCCACCCAAAUCGGACCCACUGGCCUGGUGAAGGGCUUCCUGCGACCGGAAACCGCCCAGGGCAUCUUUGUGAACUUCAAGCGGCUGCUGGAAUUCAAUCAGGGCAAGCUUCCCUUUGCCGUGGCCCAGAUUGGCAACUCUUUCCGCAACGAAAUCUCACCCAGAUCGGGUUUGAUUCGUGUGCGUGAGUUCACCAUGGCGGAGAUUGAGCAUUUCUGCGAUCCCGUGUUGAAGGAUCAUCCCAAAUUCGGUAAUGUCAAGGCGGAGAAGAUGACCCUCUAUUCGGCCUGCAAUCAGAUGGACGGAAAGUCCGCCAGUCAAGUGGAAAUUGGCGUAGCUGUGGCGCAGAAACUGGUGGCCAACGAGACGCUGGGCUAUUACAUGGCCCGCAUCCAGCAGUUCCUCCUGGCCAUCGGCAUCAAGGCGGAGUGCCUGCGUUUCCGCCAGCACAUGUCCAAUGAGAUGGCUCACUAUGCCUGCGAUUGCUGGGACGCCGAGAUUCUCACCUCCUACGGUUGGGUGGAGUGCGUGGGCUGUGCCGAUCGCAGUGCCUACGAUUUGGGUCAGCACACGGCGGCCACCGGAGUGCGACUCGUCGCCGAGAAGCGUCUGCCGGCGCCCAAAACCGUCGAGGUCAGCGAAAUUGUGCCCAACAAGCAGGCUUUGGGCAAGACUUUCAAGAAGGAGGCCAAGAACAUUACGGAUGCCUUGGCCAAGCUGUCGCUGGAGGAGAUUACUCAGGUGGAGCAGGAGUUAUCCACCAAUGGUCAAUACAAGCUGACCACAGCCGAUGGUCAGAGCCACGAGCUCGGCAAGGAGACCAUCAGUGUGAAGCACUCGUCGAAAACGGUGCAUGUGGAGGAGUUUAUCCCCAGCGUGGUGGAGCCCUCCUUUGGUAUUGGUCGCAUCAUGUACUCCCUGCUGGAGCACAGUUUCCAGUGUCGCGAUGGCGACGAGCAGCGCUGCUACUUCACCCUGCCCCCGUUGGUGGCGCCCAUCAAGUGCUCCAUCCUCCCGCUUUCCAACAAUGCGGAUUUCCAACCGUACACACAGAAACUUUCUUCUGCGUUGACCAAGGCGGAACUGUCGCACAAGGUGGACGAUUCCAGCGGCUCCAUUGGCCGGCGAUAUGCGCGCACGGAUGAGAUUGCCAUUCCCUACGGCAUCACCGUCGACUUUGACACGCUGAAGGAGCCGCACACGGUGACGCUGCGGGAUCGCAACUCGAUGAAGCAGGUGCGCGUCGGUCUGGAGGAGGUUGUGGGCGUGGUCAAGGACCUGGCGACGGCGAGAACCUCCUGGGAGAAGGUCACCGAGCAGUAUCCCCUGUUCGAGCAGCAGGAGGCCAGCAAGUAACUGGAUUAUUAUGACCGACGAGUUUCUCACGCUUGACACGCAUUUACCGAGUCGAAACCGUUUUCUAUUUCUUUUAUACCUACGCUUAAAAUUGAAUAAACAUGCAACAUUUAAUGCUUCGCAGGCU